UAACAGGCCGUGGCGGAAGAAACGGAAGUGUUCUUGUUGCUGUUCGUGUCCCGGGAGGCUGAGGAGGAGGAACUGACUUCGGAGAGAGUCGCAGACGGGCCAGGUAGUGGCGACGGGAGCGUUGGGGUGGAUGCGAUGCGAGCCUCGGGACUUUUCCUUGCAGGAUUUUCUCAUGCGAUCACUCUUCCGCUGAAACAGAUCACGACGAGUCGGGCUCCUCGGAUUUCGAAGUCAAAGGCAGUGAAUUUUCGGGAGCAGCUUGUUGGCUUUUUUGAAAAUCCGUGCGACACCAAAAGGGUUGCAACAAUAUUGGAACGGUGUCGUUUGGAGUCUCGUUUGACAGUAGGAAUCUGUCGUUCAAAACCGAUUUGCUCAAUGGCUUCUCUGGAAGAUGCAGAACCACCAGCGAUUCAAAUAGGUGGAGCUGCAGUACCGAUCAGAGGAGCUGAUGGAGUGACUGAAUCUCAUAUAAGGCAGGCCAUGAACUCCCAUGUUUUCAAGCAGUGGGUUAAGUACAUGACCGGGCAGAAUGGGAUUCUAACUCUUGGUGGAAGUGGUGGUGCCCGAUGCUCUCUCAAACAAGUAGUUAUUCAGAGUGUUGACAUGUUUGGGUCCCGAGUUGGAUUUGUGAAAUUCAAAGCAGAGGUCAUCGACGAGAAAUCCGGGGCAAAGCUGCCUGGCAUCGUCUUCGGACGUGGAGGAGCAGUUGGGAUUCUCAUGUUGUUAGAGUGUGAAGGAGAAAAAUAUGCAGUUCUCACCGAACAGGCUAGGGUUCCUGUGGGUCGAACCUUGAUGGAGCUGCCGGCUGGUAUGCUGGAUUCGGAGGAUGGAGACUUUGUCGGAACUGCGGCGCGAGAGAUAGAAGAGGAGACGGGAAUUCAAGUAAAAACCUCAGAUCUUGUCGAUUUGACUGCACUGCUCGAUGAGUCAACUGGUCGGAAGAUGUUUCCCUCACCAGGUGGGAGCGAUGAAGACAUAACACUUUUCCUGUAUAGAGGAUAUGUUGAUAGGAAGGUUGUCACAUCACUUCAGGGCCAAGAGACAGGUUUAAGAGACCAUGGAGAGCUGAUCAAGGUUCACGUAGUGCCCUACUCGUCGCUGUGGCGAGCCACCGCAGAUUCUAAGGCUCUAGCAGCUAUAGCGCUUUACGAAAUGGCAUCAAGAGAGGGACUUUUACCACCAGCUCCAAAUGCUCCUGAGCUGUCUAGCCUCUGAAAGUUUUGAAUGAGCCUCAAAUCGUGCCACGACCUCAGAAGUGAGGAACUGUAAUGAAUGAACUUACAAUGUACAGAUCGAUCUAAUACGUGUUAUUUUCUCCUCUUGCGAUUGACCAUUGAAUCAGAACACGAACCGAAACAACUUCAGGGCAUAAACCCUUCUUGUACAAAUACAAAUUUUGAUUAUCUAAGUCUUCUUCACCGUC